UACUGUGUACCUACCCGUACGUAGGAAUAUAUCGUGUUGUAUUGAAGGGAAGGGAAGCCAGGACUUGUCAUCGGAUCGGAUCAUCCAUCAUCCACGAGGGUGACCUCCAAGUUGGCAACCAACCAACCACGCGAACCAACAAAAGUAAGGAGCCAUCCACGUCCACUCCCUCUUUCACUCUCUUUCCACUUGCACUUCGCAUCGCAUCCCAUCGCAUACCAUCAUACCUCCUCCCCCCAACCACUACAUCCACCACCACCAUCAUUCCCCCCCUCUCCUUUCAAUUCUCCAUCCCUUGCCUGCUCUGCCCUGACAAGGCAUUCGCAUCCAGGACUGCGCUGCGCCGCCAUGAGCAGCGACCCAGCCGUCACCUCUCCUGCCGACGCUAGCGGACGGCCUCCGCCCCCCGACAAGUCUCUCGCUGCAGACGAUAGGUUGGAGCAGCCAAACGGCACUGGUCUGCACCCUAAUUCAUCCGCCAACUCCAACUCCAUCGUUCCCCCUCAACGCUCAUCCUCGCGCGGCGCUUCCUCUUCAGACGACCCCCUACGAAACGGCUCUCGAUCUACCCAAGGUGGCGAAGGCGCAUCCAGCACAGAGCCAGAGCCCAAGAAGAAGCGAUCGUUUCUCAGCAUCCCCAGGUCGGGAUCGCAGUCCAAGGACGAAGAAAAUACCCCCACCGGCACAGGAUUAAGCGGAGCAACCGUGGCGGACUCGGAGAGCAUCGGACGGGGCUCCAAACGGAGCUUCGGCAAGCGAAGGGCUGGCAGCACCGCCAGUAGCAAGCGCUCGCAGCAACAGCAGCAGUCGACACAGCCCACUGGCGCAUCCGAUCACGCGGAGAAGGUGCCCCCAGUCCCUGCCGAGCAUCGCGAGGGUUCGACGAGGAGUAGGUCAAAGAAGUCGGGCGGAGGUUUGCUCUCCUGCCUGCCCUGCUUUGCACCCAAGGUUGAACGCUCUGCGGACCAGGAAGAACCGUCACAGAACGCCAAGCAGGCAAGCAAGCCUCGAUCGGUCAGAACCACCCAGGCAACCCCCACGAAGAAGUCCGACGCAAACGCUGUAGAAUCGAGCACCGCAGACUCAAAAGAGCCCUUCGAUGAGAAGGCGCCUGAGUCGGAGAAACAGCCCGUGCAGGGGGAUGCAACGGUAGAAUCCGCUUCCGAGGCUACGCCCAAAAUAAUAAGAACGCCAUCGAAACGACAUGCUGACGAUCCUCUCCCACCUCUCCCACAAUCUCAGCCCGGCCGGUUAGACACCAAUUCCAUCCCCCAGAUUGGUGUCCAAGGCCCGACUCCCGGAACCACGCCCGUGCAGCCGCGACCGUCCGUCGAGCAGGAGCAAAUAAUACACGAUCAGACGCCGCAUCAGGCAGAGAUUGAUAACGACCUUGAGAUGCGCGAUGUUCCCAUCUCCUCAAAGGACGUCCAGACAGAUGAAGGUACUUCUACAUCGACCGAGAGGAAUGAGAAAGAGUCACAAAGGCUCCCCGACCUACCGCCGCCACCUCCGCUAGAGCAACGACAGAUCGCGAUCCAGGAGCAACAGGUCAGAGAUCCCGAGGCGCAGGUACCGAAGAAGGAAAUCAGCCUGCUGCCCCCCAUUCGCCCCGAGUUCCAAGGAAAGAAGUGUCUUGUCCUGGAUUUGGAUGAAACGCUCGUGCACAGUAGUUUCAAGAUCCUGCAACAAGCCGACUUCACGAUUCCCGUCGAGAUCGAGGGCCAGUACCACAAUGUGUAUGUCAUCAAGCGGCCCGGCGUUGACGCAUUCAUGAAGCGCGUCGGUGAGCUUUAUGAAGUUGUUGUAUUCACUGCUUCCGUCUCCAAGUACGGCGACCCCCUCCUCGAUCAACUCGAUAUCCACGGUGUCGUUCACCAUCGAUUGUUCCGUGAGAGUUGUUACAACCACCAGGGUAAUUAUGUAAAGGAUCUCUCACAGAUUGGCCGUGACCUGCGCGACACCAUCAUCAUCGACAAUUCGCCCACCUCCUACAUCUUCCACCCGCAACACGCCGUCCCAAUCAGCAGCUGGUUCUCUGAUGCCCACGAUAACGAACUUCUCGAUCUGAUACCCGUCCUUGAGGAUCUUGCCGGCCCCCAGGUCAGCGAUGUUAGUUUGGUACUUGAUGUUGCAUUGUAAGAGGAAUAUACCACGCCACUACAUAGUUUUGUCGCUCUCCCCGACCUUCCUCGGAGGCCCCAUCGUCGACCGCGAAUCAUCAGGAGCGUUUCUACCCGUCUUUUCGACCUUCGAAGAAAGCAUUCUCUAGGCUUCUUAGAUGUACCUUUGUAAUUCCACACUUGUAAUCUGCAUCUUUGAGCGAGCCCCGCAAUCAGCGGUUCUGUUGAGUUUGUUCCUCUGCAUCUCCCUCCU